AUUAAAUAGAACCCGGCUUAAGGUUACCACCAUUUAAAUUUAUUAAUCCAUCUUGGUUACCACUGUUAACAUGGUAAACAUUUUUAGUGAUAAUAAUUACCGCCUGAAAAUCAUGAUGCAGUGGAUUGCGUUUCAAUAUUGGCGGGAAAAUCUUUAUUUUGUUCAAGGUUAUAAUCACAGACUUCAUAUUAUGAAGUUCAUAAUAUAGUCUGUGGUUGUAAUGUUAUGUUAUGUUAUAUUAUAGUUAAAGUAUUUUGAUUUUUGACAAUACUGAAUAUUAUACGAGAAAAAUGAGUGAGACUCCUGAAACAUCCAGACCCAAACGACAAAAAGUCGGCCAGACGAGUCGUUUUGAAGCAUUGGCCAAAUUGAAAAAACUUAAAUCAGACGGCGUUAAACAUAAAUAUGAAGUGGAACCAUUGCAAAAUGUUUAUGAAGAAGUAUCUGAAAAAGAAUACACUGAUAGGGUUGUAAAACGGCAACAAGACAAUUGGAUUGUCGAUGAUUGUGAUGUUGAUGGCUAUAUUGAAGAUGGCAGAGAGAUUUUUGAUGAUGAUUUGGAUGAAGCGUCGCUUGUCAAAGAAGAGAAAAAAGGUAGAGGCAAAAAAAGAAGUAGAUUAGAUACAUCAGGAAAUGAGGACUCGACAUCAUCAUAUCGAGAUAUUCAAAAGAUGUUUGCUAAUAUGCCUAUAAAAAAGAAAAAAGAGGUACCAGUCAAUUUAGAUGACGAUGAUAUUCUUGGUGAUUUAAUUCAAGAAUUAGAUAGUUCACCUAAACCUGGGAUGUCUAAAACUCCACGUUUACUUCAUAAUAAAGUUGCAGAUAAAAUAAAAAGGGAUAGCCAGACUAGAGGCUAUUUAGAAUCUUUCUCCAACGUAAAUAAACCUAGAACGCCAAAUUCAAAUGUAAAAUCAGGCAAUAUUGUUAAUGAAAAACCAGAAAAGAGCUCUUCUGAAGAAAAACAAAAUCACUCAAAUAUAGAAGCUAAUAGUCAUGUACUAGAAUCUUCAACUUUUAAACAGGAUAAGUCUACACCAAGUGUUGAAGUUGUUAUAAAACAGGAACAAAUAAUUCCUGUAAAAGAGAAAAUAGAAGUAGAAAAUGAUUUUAAUGAUGGUCUUGAAGAUUUUGAUUUCGGUGACGCAAUUGAGGCUGAGAAAAGUUUUGUAAAAUUGUCAGAAACAAAUAUAAAAAAAGAAUCGCCUAGUAUUGAAACUAAAAUUACUAUUGACUUUGAAAAAACCAAUUGGCCCAUCGAAGAUGUUAAAGAAGAAGAACAAGUUGCUUUACCUCACAACAUAACCUCUAAAUUACCCUUAAUAGCUGACAAAAAUGGUUCUCAGGUUUACAGAUUUUUUUACUUGGAUGCAUUUGAAGAUGUUUUUAAACAACCUGGAGUUGUGUUUCUCUUUGGUAAAGUAAAGCCAGUAGAUGUUGAUGUAUAUGUGAGCUGCUGCGUAGUGGUAAAAAACAUUGAAAGAAGAAUGUUUCUUCUUCCUAGAAGCAAAGCUACAGAUGGGGAAGAAGUAAAAAUGGUAGAUGUAUACAACGAAUUUAAUAGUUUAACUGAUAGAUAUCAUAUACAGAAUUUUAAAUCCCGUAAAAUAACCAAAAAAUAUGCCUUUGAACUUGCCGAUGUAGCAGAUGAGAGUGAAUAUUUAGAAAUUAGGUAUUCUGCUUCAUAUCCACCUUUACCAGAGGAUUUAAGUGGUAAUACUUUUAGUCGAGUGUUUGGUACUAACACAUCAUUCUUAGAACUUUUACUUCUCGAUCAAAAAAUUAAAGGUCCAUGUUGGUUAGACUUGAACAAUCCUCAAUUAUCUAGUAAUCCAAUGAGUUGGUGUAAACUUGAAAUUAAUUGCUUGGACAUGAAAAAUAUACACUUGGCACCUUCAGCGCCACCUCCUCCUAUGGUUAUAAUGACGCUCAAUCCAAGAAUUGCCUAUAACAAAAAGUCUAGGCAAAAUGAGAUUCUAAUUAUUAGUUGCAUGAUACAUACAAGUUUUCCAAUAGAUCAAGCUCCACCUACUCCUCAUCAUAAUCAGUUCUUUUGUGUUGUUACUCGACCAAAUAACAUUCCAUGGCCACCUCGUCAUCAGGAAGAAUUGAAAAAAUGCGGAGAUCCCUCCAAACUAGUGAAAAUGGAUUCUGAACGAGCAUUACUUACAUUUUUCCUAGCUAAAAUGUCUAAAAUCGAUCCUGAUAUCAUUAUUGGACACGAUAUUUGUAGUUAUGUGUUAUCAUCUCUCGUAAAUCGCUUGGAAGCUAAUAAAAUACAAAACUGGUCGAAAAUUGGACGUCUCCGUAGAACAAUGUUCCCAAAAAAAGGAAAGUUCAUGAGUGAAAAAAGUGUGCUUAGCGGUCGUUUAAUUUGUGACACCCAAAUUUCUGCUAAAGAACUAAUUAAAGCUAGAAGUUAUGAUUUAUACUCUCUGUCUGAACAAAUUCUGGAUGUUAAAGAAAAUGAGCAGCUCAAUUUGUCUGAUGAUGAAGUUAGUUAUAUGUAUUGUUCUGCUGAAGCCUUGGUGCAACUUAUUAAGUUUACAAUAAUGGAUACCUCUUGUGUAUUGCGACUUAUGGUUCAAAUGAAUGUACUACCAUUAGCACUUCAAAUAACUAAAAUAGCUGGUAAUUUAAUGUCGAGGACUCUCAUUGGAGGACGAGCGGAAAGAAAUGAGUAUUUAUUGUUGCACGCUUUUAACGAAAAGGGUUUCAUACUACCUGAUAAACAGUAUAAAAAAAAAAUAACUGCCAAAGAAGAAGAAGACGGACAUAUUGAUGGAGAUAAUGCAAAAAGACCUAGUCGUAAAAAAGCCCAAUAUUUAGGCGGCCUUGUACUCGAACCAAAAGUAGGUUUCUACGAUAAAAUGAUUUUGUUGAUGGAUUUCAAUUCACUGUAUCCAAGCAUAAUACAAGAGUACAAUAUCUGUUUUACAACAGUUAGUUUUCGUACUCUUCCAGAAGUCGGAGAGAAUGAGGAUGAAAUAGCAGAAUUAUUAAAAUUAACACCAAACUCAACUACAACUCGUGGAAUUUUACCGGCUGAGAUAAAAUCUCUGGUUGAUUCUAGAAGAGAAGUAAAAAAAUUAAUGAAUGAUCCAAAAAUAACACCAACUCUUAGAGAACAAUAUAAUUUGAGACAAACGGCGUUGAAACUUACCGCCAACAGUAUGUACGGGUGCUUGGGAUUUGCCCAUUCUCGCUUUUAUGCUAAACCAUUGGCUGCAUUGAUAACAGCCAAAGGGCGAGAAAUUUUGACUAGUACCAAAAGUUUAGUUGAAAAACUAGCUUUUGAGGUUAUUUACGGAGAUACUGAUUCGUUGAUGAUAAAUUCAAAUUGUGUUGAUUUUGAUCAAGUCAUGAAAAUUGGUUAUAAAAUUAAAGCAGAAGUUAACAAAAUUUAUAAACAAGUCGAAUUAGAUAUUGAUGGAAUUUUUAAAUAUAUGCUUCUGUUGAAGAAGAAAAAAUAUGCUGCCGUUUCUAUUUCUAAAAUGCAAUCGGGAGAAUUUAUUACAAAACAAGAAAUUAAAGGCUUGGAUAUUGUCAGAAGAGAUUGGUCUCAGUUAUCUCAGGAGGCUGGACGAUUUGUCUUGAGACAAAUUCUCUCAGAUCAAUCACCUGAAGAAAGAGUGUCAAAUAUUUGCGGACAACUAGAAAAACUCAAGGGUGAUCUAGAGGAGGGCAAUGUUCCGUUAUCAUUGUUGGCUAUUAGUAAAACAUUAACAAAAGCACCACAUGACUACCCAGAUGCCAAAGCAUUGCCGCACGUAGUAGUUGCUCAACGUCUUAACAAACAAAGCAUUCAAUUUAGACAAGGGGAUACAAUAUUUUAUGUUGUUUGUGAGGAUGGUACAAAUCGGGCCUCGACACAAAGGGUUUACCACAUAGAUGAGUUAAAGACUAAUACAGCUUUAAAAAUCGAUGUGAAAUAUUACUUGUCCCAACAAAUUCACCCAGUCAUCAUGAGGCUUUGUGCCCCAUUAGAAGAAAUUGAUGCAAAAAUGAUAGCUGAGCAUUUAGGCCUUGAUCCGGCCCAGUAUCAAAAUCAUAAGUCAAGAGUCGCUUAUGGAGACGUACCUGAAGAAAAUACUAUAGAUUUAGAUGAUGCUACACGUUUUAAUGAUUGUGACAAAUUUACAUUUACAUGCUUAGGGUGUAAAUCUGAUGUAGUAAUAACUGCUCCGGCUUUUAAAAAAGUGGACGGUAAAUUAGAAUUUAGCUUAGAAAGCUGUUCUAACCCAGAGUGUUGUGUUCCACCGUAUAAAUAUGUUGGUAUGGUUGAGACUAGUUUGUGGAUGGCAAUGAGAAAACACAUGAUAAAGUAUUACAAGAGUGACUAUGUUUGUGACGAAAGUGCAUGUGAUUACAAGAGCAAAAGAACCCCAUAUACAAACGAUGAGGUUUGUUCACAAUGUGAAUCGGGAACUAUAAAAAAAGAAUAUUCUGCCGGCCAACUUCUGUUUCAACUAAGGUAUUACCUGUUUAUAUUUGAUAUUGACAAAGUACUACAACGAAACAAGGAUAUCAAAUUAACUAUUGAUAGUCCUUUGUAUACAGUUUAUAGUAGGUUAAAAGCACAAGUAGAAAAAGUACUUAAACAUCAUGAUUUUUACUAUGUUAAUUUAAAAGAUAUAUUCGGUAAACAUUAAAAAUAAUAAUAAUAAACUUGUAUUUUAAUAUAUUUAUGUUUUUUUUACUCAGCAUAAUAUGUUUAAUUAUUUAAAAAUAGAUUUUACC